AUGCGUAGCGACGUCCAGGAUCUGGCGAGGCAGCAUCCAGGUCUAGCGGAGAAAUAUCGCACUCUACAAUCUGAGCUGGACCAGCGUGUCGAUCAUGGUAGAGCUACAAAUACGCAGUCGCAAGAUCCGAUUAACAGAAGACACGCUGCUGCCAGGGAAUUCACCGAGUUGGCAGCUGAAAUCCGCAAGUUACCGGGGUUUGAAGACUUCAUGCUCUCCUAUAUGGAAGAUAAGAUCUGCGGUGCUUCAGAGCGCGGCCCAAUUGUGUUGAUCAACGUCAGCAGACUUCGUUGUGACGCUCUCAUUGUCUCGGACAGCCAGGUUCGUACAUUGGAGCUGCCUAGCAUAACCUUGGAGGAACUUGAGCGAAAGGUAAAGCCUUGGACUCUCGCAACUUCGCAGACCCUUCAGUGGCUUUGGGAUACCAUCAUGAGCCCCAUACUCAACAAGCUAGGUUUUACUGAUAUUCCGACGACGGGGAAGUGGCCCCAUGUCUGGUGGAUUCCAACCGGCCCUUUGGUUCAACUUCCGCUUCAUGCAGCAGGAUACCAUAGGCAACAAGGUUCGGAAGCACUUCUUGACAGGGUUAUUUCUUCAUAUGGGUUUUCGAUACGAAACAUAAUUCGUGGCCGUAGAGACUCUACCAAGUCCUCCUCCAAUUCUGAUCAGGCACUGCUUGUGGCGAUGGAGCACACACCUGGUUAUGACAUGCUUUCCUUUGCCAACGAAAAGGUUGAGUUGAUAGACGGUAUGGCCCGCUCUAUGAAGCUCGAGUCAAUCAUACCAACCCACACUAAUAAUGAGGUCAUUCGGUAUCUUUCAGACUGUAGAAUUUUCCACUUUGCCGGUCACGGCCUAGCUCAUACGGAAGACCAUCGACGAGUUGUCUCUUACUAG